UUCACACUGCGCAAGCACGCAGCAACAAGUCCUAAGCGAUGUUGUGUGGAACUAUAACGCUCUAAAAAUGAAUGGGGAAGUUUGCGUGUUGCAGUGGAAAAUUACCUCGGGGGUGAAGAACUUCAAAAUGCAUCAACACGACGAAUCUAAUAUGACAUUUAAAAAACAAGCACUUGACAGAGUUUGGCUACAUCGAGGCUCAUCGCAGGAAAAGACAUCCGGAGCGGCCAGAUAGCAGGUAAAGCAGCACACAACUACCAACACUCACCCGGAAGAGCAUGACGGUCAGAAGGCUAAAGAAAUAACCCGAAAAAUAAUUUAAGUCUUCGAGCUGGCGGUGUUGGAUGCUGGUUCUGCUCUAGCUGUUGGACUGCCACAACGCUCUACUGGUAGUAAUAUUUCACAGACAGAGAGCCGUUCAACCUCCACCUGACACCGAACGUCUGGGACUAAAGUGGACGUCAUGCAUCAAUGGUAAUAUUUUGACAGGAAUUUACUGACAUCAUUGCUAUGACUAUAGAUAUACAAUAUGCACCAUUUACAGCAAAUAUUUUGGCUAUAAAAAUAUUCUUAUAUUUUAGUACUUAACUUGAAGAUUUAAGGAAAAAAGUCCAUUGUUGUCAUUUUAUUUUGUAACAAAGUUAGGCUUUAUUGUGUUUUUAAAAAAAACAAUUUUUAUGUAUAUUUAAAUGUUUACAUAUAUUCAUUCCAAACUGACCAUGAUGGACAGAGUGGCUUUAAAGUCCAAUGCAUUACCACCGUCUGUCAUGAUGUGUGUGGUUGAAGUGUGGACCCGAAUGCAGCAGGCAGGAGAUGUAAAAGUUCUGUUGUAGAUUUAAUUAAAAAUCAAACUUACCAGAAAACAAAGUACAAGGAAUAAAAAUAAACCCAAGCCAGAGACUUGAAGAGACCAUGAGGAAACCAGGGAGAAGGGAUGAGGAGCAGUGGCGUGGAGAAACAAGACGAACCGGUGAGUAACAGUCUGCGAUUUGACUAAUUAGAGACGUGAUUAUAUAUUCAUUUACUAAUCAAAAAAAAAAUCUGUUUCAUGUGGCUAAAAGUUAGUUUGGCAUAAAAUGGAACUAAUGUGCUAAUAAAGAUCAAGUUAAGGACAAAAUGAAUAUAACUAUUUUUUUUAAAAAGCCCUGAUGCUACAUUGUGAAAAACAAAAAGUCUAAUAGAACUAAAAUGUUCUUCGUAAAAGAAACUAUGAAACUUAUGAUUUUAUAGACAAGAAAUUCAUAAGGAUGUUUCUAUGAACGUGGCUUUUUGGGAUCCCUUUACCGAACCAGGAAAUAAAAAAUGCUAUAAACUUAAAGAUCUACAAAUCUUUGCAAAAUACUAUCUGAUUGUGUAAGAAACCCAUUAAGAUCUCUAUCAAAAUAGAUUUCAAGAUGCAAUAAAACAGAUCUCAAAACAAAGAUUAAUGCCACAUAAAUGCACAUAAAGACAUAAAUUUUAUCAUGAAGUAUUUCUAUUCUAACUUGUGGAUUAAAACUUGUGGAUCCUCUAUCCAGUGUGAAUAACUUCACUGAAUGAAGAACAAGCUUGUUUUAACCAAACAUUCACCAGACGAAACCAGACCAGUUCAUUAAGAGACGGAGAAAAUGUGAUCUAUAUCUGUAAGAAAUAAAGCCAACAACAGAACUUCACCUGCACAGACAGGUAGUAAAACGAGACGGGAAAUAAAUAUGCCAGCACUGACCCUGCAGACUGUAUCAAGCUGCAAGCAGGUGUGAAUGGAGUUGAGUAAUACAAACCACUGCAUGUUUCCUCAAGAACAGCCUGUAGAAGUUUAACGCAAAAACCACAUGUACAGCUCACAGAUAAAGAGUUGUUUACGUGUUAAAAAUCAUGUUUUAUGUAUAUGUGAGCUUGUUGGCUUUCUAUAAACUUGGAUGCUUUGAAAACAUCCGGUCUGGACUUUAAUGUUAGGAAACUGUGAACUUUAUUGAGUUUUUGAAGACAGUUUGCUCAUAUUUAACUACAGUUACAAAUAGAAAACAAAGAAAAAGACUGUCACUAAAAUGUCCUUCGUAAAAGAAACAAUGAAUCUUGUGAUUUUAUAGACAAGAAAUGUUACAAGAAAUUCAUAAGGAACACUAUGUUAUGGACCAAAGGACUGUUUUUCUUUUCUCUGUUUAAUCUGCUCACAUGCACACAGGGCCGUGCAAAGACCUUUGGAGGGGCAGGGACUCAAAGUUAAAAAGGGGCACACUGAACAAGAUCUUAAAACAUUGUACAACAACAUGGAAAAAACCCAUAUUAAUCAAGAAUCUAAUAUUUAAUCGGAUCAUACUAUAUCACUGUCAUCAUGAAAGGACAAUGCAAAGCAAAUGUAGUUUAUGUUUCCCUGAUGGGUUUAAUGUUGCUGUGUGGUGCCCAAACAUUUUGAGACCAAGAUCUACUUUUUUUGUCACCAGCCGGCUGAGAUCUACCUAAUAACACGAAGAUAUAAAAAUUGUAAAUGAAACUCUAUUGACAAAUUUCAUAUGCAAAUAUCCAUCAGUUAUAGCAGAAAUAUUAAAGUGAUAGAAAACCUAAUGAAGUUUCUUCCUCAGUGAGAUUGUGACACUGGGAGGAGGUUACUGGUUUCAGAAGCUGGUUGCAAACCUGAGGCCAGCAGGUAUCAGUCAGUUAUGGUAGAUCUGAACUUCGGUUUAAUGACCUCAAUGUGAGAUAUUUCGGACUAAUAGGAGGAACCACAGAGCUCCGUUUAGAUAAAAGCACAUCUUGUGAAGUUGGGAUAUUUUUCCUCCAAUAGGAUCCAGAGGAAUCGCCUCAAACCAGGACUGGAUUGGACUGGAUUUUAUUUCAAUGUCAUUUGUGAAUGUCAACACCUCAUUUUCAACAAACUGCAGGUGUGUUUCAGCAUCUGGUGAAUGUUUGAUAAAACAAGCUUGUUCUUCAGUCGGUGAAGUUAUUCACACUGGAUAGAGGAUCCACAAGUUUUAAUACACAAUUUAGAAUAGAAAUACUACAUGAUAAAAUUAAUCAAAGUACAUUUAUGUCUUUAUGUGCAUUUAUGUGGCAUUAACCUUUGUUUUGAGAUCUGUUUUAUUGGAUCUUGAAAUCUAUUUUGAUAGAGAUCUUAACGGAUUUCUUACACAAUCAGAUAAUAUUUUGCAAAGAUUUGUAGAUCUUUAAGUUUAUAGCAUUUGUUUAUUUCCUGGUUCAGUAAUGGGAUCCUAAAAAGCCACGUUCAGAGAAACAUCUGCCUCUCCCAGCUGCUGCCUUCCCUUCUUGAGAAAAAAUAUACCUGCACGGUUUGUUUUACUACCUGUAUGUGUCAUUAGCAGGAGAAGAUCUAUUGUUGGCUUUACCAUGGGACAAAUGCAUAACUUAUCCCCUAUAUUGUUUCUUGCAGACAGAUGAUAUUUUCUUUACCUCUAAAUGAACUGGACUGGUUUCAAACCAGUAGCACUAUUAAUAGUUUAUUUCUUUUGUGACAAACUAGAUAAAGGUGCCGAGCCCUUUAUGUUCAAAGAUGUUCAGCCUGCAGCCGUGUGCAUGUGAGCAGAUAAAACAAAGACAAAGAGUCCUUUUGUCCAUAACAGAGUGUUCCUUAUGAAUUUCUUGUAACAUUUCAUGUCUAUAAAAUCACAAGAUUCUUUUACAAAUGACAUUUUAGUUACAUUAGUCUUUUGGUUUUUCACAUUGUAGCAUCAGGACUUCUUAAAAAAAAAUUAUAUUCAGGUCUUUCCUUAACUUGAUCUUUGUUAGCACAUUAGCUCCACUGCCCAUGAAAUGGGUUAUAUAUAUAAUGCAGGUCUGAAGUACUAACAGGGGUUGUUUCUCAGUCAUGAAACAUUUAAUAUUUUAAAUGCUGUGGCACAGUUUGAGCCUUUUGUUAACAAAAUGUGUCACUUUGACUUUAAGUGUUGCUGUUCAGCCUGUUGUGUUCACAAAUGUAUCAAAGCAGUCAAGAAAAACUGUAAAAGCAAAGAAUCACUGCAGGACUAACUGAAAUUACAAAUUCUUUGUAAUUUCAGAUCUACAACAAAUGCAAAUGCUCUUUACCACUCAGCACUGUAAUAUUGAUCUUUUUCAAAAUAAAAGAAUCAGUUUGUAGAAGGUCAUUUACUGUUGGGAGCAAAAUCAGAUGUGAAUUCUUGUAGAUUGGAAACCAAACAGUUCUUUCUUAAAAAAAACAUCGACAUGAAAACAAAAACGAGUCGGUCUUUCUUCAGAAAAUCAUUUUUAUUUCAUCAAGUUUACAAUCAAGUUUUCUUUUGAGCAAAACUCACUGUAAGGUUGUGCAGCAAAAUUUAUGAGCUACUUUAUUGAGUCAAUUCCUUAAUAUUGAUUAACUUUUGUUUCAUUGGUUGAUUAUUUUAGUUAUGAGAGGAAGAAAUUUUUUGUUUUUAUUUAAAUAAUCUGUCAAUGGAACAGAAACUUUUUUCCAAGUUUCUUUAGAACGAUGAGAUGUUAAAGUUUCUCUGUAUGCAGAUGACAGCACAGAUGGUUGUCCGUCCUGUGAUUGGUGUCUCUCUUCAGCAGGAAAUUAUGAGCAGAGUUUAAAAGCUGCUGCAGGACUGCAGACAAUCAGAGGAAGCUGGGCCAGCAAUGGCUCUGCUGAAGGUUCUGAUGCUGCUGGGGCUGGGUGCUUCAGUGAACUCAGAUGUUUCUCUGCAGAAGAGAAUCAUUGGAGGUCAAAACUGUCCUGACACGGAGCGUCUUUAUCACGUUCGGCUGGAGGGCAGCAAUGGUACUCAUAUGAGCCGCUGUGGAGGAUCUCUGAUCCACCCUCAGUGGAUCCUGACUGUAGCUCGCUGCUGGCAGUCGGAGCCAGGAUGGACUAACAGAGCAGUGUUAAAAGUUCAUCCACGGACUGUUAUACAGUACAUUCAGUCAAUCGAACAAGUUCCUGAGAUUUGUGGCCCAGCCCAUGACAUCAUUUUGCUGAAGCUUCAGAGACCAGUAACAGAUGUCCCACUUGCUCGGCUACCAGACUGCAGUUAUCGUCUUAAAGUAGACGAUGUUGUUCAGCUGGCAGGAGAUGGAACAACAACAGCCGGCCCCAAUAAUGAGCGAUUGCCCCCCAAUUCUCCUAUUCCAGCACAUCUUCAAUGUGUCAACAUGCAGGUUUUUCGUAUUUCCGUCAUCAUGCCGCCGUAUGGGUAUAUAUUCCUUGCUUCAGCACCGAACAGGGAUAUAUGUCGUGGCGACACUGGUGGAGCAGCGAUGUACAAUGACAUGAUUUAUGGUGUGAUUUCUUUUGGUGGAGCAAAGGCAUGUCAGAAACCAACUGCAAUCUUGGAUGUGUGUGGAUAUCUGCAGUGGAUAAAAGCAGCAACUGGGAUUCAAUAAAACAUGAACUAUAAUGAAAUAAAAUUCUCAUCAAAUUUACUCUCCCAUAUAAAUUUAUAUCUUCAUCAGUUUGAUCCACAUGUUUGUAGCAUUAGAAUAAAUCAAUAGUUGUUUUUUUUUUCUCACCUGAUCUUGACCUCCCUAAUGGAGCUUUCUCUUCACCUGAAAAUUGAAAAAUAAAUCAAUAAAUGCAU